CAGGCCGGGGAGGCCGCACCGACCCCAGGCGGCGGCGCUAGGGGCCGGCCCUGCCUCUCCCCCGCGGCCCCGGGCCUGCGACGCGUGAGCAGCGGGCGGGCCGGGCGGCGAAGGGCCGGGCCCGGGCCCAGGGGUGAAGCCGGGCCUUUCCCGGCAGCGGCCCCGGGCCUUCCCCUGCCCUCAGCUCGGCCUCGGGCGGCGGCGGCGGCGCGGGGCGGAGCGCGGCGGAGGCGGCGGAGAGCCGUGACGGCCCGGGGCUGCGCCAGCGGAUCGGGAGGCGGUGGGCCGCCGGCGGGAUGGCCUUGGUGCCCUACGAGGAGGGAGGCGGCUGGGGAGCGCGGCAGCUGCACAGCCCCUGGGCCACGUACCGCUUCGCCGGCAGCACCAUCCGCCUCCGGCAGGACUGGCGGCGGCUGGGGGUGGCGGCCGUGGUCUGGGAUGCGGCUGUUGUCCUGUGUACUUAUCUGGAGAUGGGAGGCAUUGAUCUCAGGGAUCGGUCUGUGAUUGAGCUGGGAGCUGGGACUGGAUUGCUGGGAAUAGUGGCCACGUUAUUAGGUGCUCGUGUUACCAUCACAGACAGGGCGGCAGCACUGGAGUUCCUGGAGUCAAACGUACAGGCUAACUUACCUUCUGAACUACGUCCGAGAGCUGUGGUGAAGGAACUGACUUGGGGAAAAGACCUGGAUAACUUCCCUCCAGGAGCAUUUGACUUCAUCCUAGGUGCAGACAUCGUUUAUCUGGAAGAAACUUUUGCAGAACUGCUUCAGACGUUGGAGCACCUGUGCUCAGAGCAAACUGUGAUUCUUCUUUCCUGUCGUAUCCGGUAUGAACGCGAUCACAAAUUCUUGAAGAUGCUGAGAGGCCAUUUCUCUGUAUAUGAGGUCCACUAUGAUUCCAGUAAGGAUGUUCAUAUCUACAAAGCGCAGAAGGGCAGUCGCAAGGAUGACUUUUGACUCUGUGCUUUGUUAGUAAACCACUGAUGCUGUUCAAUCCUCCCCUUGUUUCUACUCAAUACACUUGUUCCUAAGCAUAUAAUUGCAGUUGUGUUAUUUCACUGGCUUCUUGUUCUGAUGGUCUUGUCUGAUCACUUGGUCUGAUACAGCAAGGAUUGUAUUUCUGUUCCGCAUAGUGAACCUCUGCUUCACUUCUCAGUAGAGUUGCAUAGGGUCUUCCACUGACUUUUUAUUGACGGUAAGUUUUGAAACUGAUUUAAGUUGCAGAAAUCUCCAGACAUCAAAAAUGUACUCAAAAGAUCUGUUGUUUAAAAUCAAGCCACGCUUAAUUUCUC